AUGUCUGAGUUAAUCCACAGAGUGCCUAAUGUGGAAGACAUUAAAGAGGACUUUGAUGACCACCACCAAAAGGUGUUGAGUUUAAAAAAUCUAACUGAUAGAAGUCCAAUCAAGGAACUUGCCGGGGAUAGCGAGAUCACUCUGGUUGAAGAGAGUGCAUCAUUAGAGAAAAGACUUUGCAAACUGACAGACAACAAAGAAGAUGACUCCAAGAGACUGAGUUUGAGUUUUGAAAAAGUUGAGAAUGUUUGUGACGAGUUUCAAACGAUGUCAGAGGAGCUAUCUUCCAAUACAAUGGAGGAGUUCCCCGAACAGAGUGCCGAUUCAUUGCCAUUUGUUUCACUGCUGCCAGACAAUGACGAGUUUUUAUCAGCAUCGCAAAGUCUGUUGACUGACACUACAGUGCAGAUGGAGAGGACGAUGGUAGAGGAUAUAGAUAUAGACGAUUUACAAAGCACUCUGAUGAAAAAGUCAAUCCAACUUGUAAAAACUCAAGAUGAUUUGUCAUUAAUGAAAGGAGUGUUGCAACAAAAGCAGGAACAAGCACAGAAACUCUCUGAUAUGUUAGAUGAAACCAAAGUCAUUCUUAAAAGCGAUUUUGAGAACUUGAAAGAUGUGGUAGAGAACAGUAAACAUGUGUUUUCUACCUUAGUAAAAGAAGCAAAUGUUAAAUUUACAACAGCCUUGAAAGCAGUUCAAGAACUGGAAGAGGAGAAAAGGAUGCAACUAAGAGAUGAGAUUGGGAGGAUGAAGCAGGAGCAUGAUGAUGUAAAGUGUAACCUGGAAACAAGACUUCAGGAACAAGAAGAGAACUCGCAAGCAUUAGAAAAGGAAAAACAGGAGUAUGAAAAUCAACUAAAGUCAAGCGUGGAUAAUGCUGUGACUUUACAGGAACAUUAUGAGGUUAAACUGGUUGAAAUCAAAGCCUCGGCUGAAGAUGAAAAAAUGAAGACUAUUAAAGUUAUUAGGGAGGAGCUUCUAGAACAGAUUAAUGACCUUGAGAUUGAUGUUAAGGCAAAGGAAAAGGUUAUAGCGCAGCUGGCUUUGGAAAAGGAGAAGGUUGCGCUGGAUUUGACUGAACGAUUUGAAAGCCAGUCCGCUGAGUUGGAGCAAAAAGUAAUGGAAGAGGCAGCUACAAAGUACGAACGGGAUGUUGAGUUGCUGGAAGAGAGAAUGGCGAGUCAGAAGAAGGAUGCGAUUGACAAGAUGAGGUUAGAAUUUAGUGAAAUGAUGGAGAAAACAAAGAAGAAUGCUGCUGAGGAGAAAGAAGAACUGGCAGAGAGGUUGAACCGCGAAAUCGAAGAAAAAUUUACUGAGGAAAUGAGACAAAUGCAGGAGAAUAUGGUGCGAGAAAAACAGAGAGAAAUGGAAGAAUUACGUGAACAGCUAGGUAAAGAGCAUGAAAAUGAAAUGACAAACUUGAAAACAAAAUACGAGUCCGAGAAAAGUGAAUACUUCACGCUUUUGCAGACAGACACUGAAAAAGAGCAGGCUGUAAGCAAAAUGGAAGAGUCUUUCUUCACCGACAAGCAGAGUUCAGUUUUAUCAGCCGUGGAAGAGGAACGUCGAAAAUAUGAAGAGUUGAUUAACAAGCUGCGUGCUGAUUAUGCCGAGGAGAGGGAGCAUGCCAUUGCGGCUGCUGUGGACUUAGAGAGACAGAAACACAACGCGGACAUACAAGAUCUGGUGAAAUCGUACGAGAAGGAUAAACUAGACAGUCUGACCAACAUGAGAACUAGUAUACAAGCUGAAAAACAAAUCAGUUUCAAUGAAGCUGUGAAUAAAGUAACAAUACAGAAAACUAAGAUUAUUGAGGACCUCAAAUGCCUACAGGAGCAACUUUUACAAGCGCAGGUUAAAGACAAAGAAACUAUUGCUAACCUGCUAUCUGGCACUACCAAUGUGGAUGAAGAAUUACAAAAAGCAUUGACGGACACGCAGCAGACUAACCAGCAACUGAGACAAAGAAUUAGUGAAUUGGAGACCAAUCUAGGUUUAUCGGAGAGAAAAGUGGAGGUGUUGGAAGGUAGAGUACCAUUACACCGAGAGAGACCACCAUCAAUUACUGACAACCCACUCUCAGCUUCUGCACAUAGUGACAUCACGUUUGCUAGUUUGGAUUCUAGAGAUAGAAUACACAUGUUAGAAGUAACUCUUAGAGCUAAAGAAGAGGAGUGUACAACAUUAAAUCAAAGGCUGAUGCAGUUGACCAAAGCUGCCUCGAUCAAAGCUGAUAAAGUAACAAUAAAAGAUUUUUCAAUAGGUGACAUUGUACUGGUAUGUUUUGAUGAGUAUCGGGAUAACUAUGUAGUGUUUACUAUGGGUCCAACUCUUUACUUCAUACACUCAGACUCUGUAAGUGGAUUGAAAUUGAUACAGCAGCCGGGCCAAGAAAGAAAAUUGUGGGUGUUGGCACAGAUUACAGAUAAAGAAUACUGCCAAGCCAAGAAGGCACACAGACAAGCUAACAACGAUCAGGACCCACGAAAAGGUGAGAAGUACCUAGAUUUUGUUGACUUUUUGUCACAUUAUGGACGUCCAUGGUCACAUGUUCUUGAUGAAGACCCGGUAUUGAACCCACCACAGGUCACUGACUCAGCCGAGAAUGGGACUCAGCUUGUGCUAGAGUCAGCUCUAAAAAAAGGUCACAAGUUCAAUGCUGCCAUUUUGUAUGGAUUAAUUUUAUCUGGCCAACUUAAGGUGGCGUUGCAGUGUAAAUGCAUUUAG